AUGGCUUCCGAGGUGCUCGUCGCCCACACUGGGCAGCGCUUCCAGGUAGACACGACGCAGUUCACUUCAAUCGAUGAACUCAAGGCAUGGGUAGCGCGCCAGAGUUCCAUACCAUUUCAGAAGAUUGUUGCAUUAACGCCGGAGGGACGUAGCUUGAGGAUCCAGGGUCUUCACGCUGAGGCAAGUUCAGCCGCUGUUCUAUUACUUCGUUUUCCGACACCCUCUACCAAUGCGCUCCCUGCUGUACCCGAGCAUCCCGUCCCUAAGCGUUAUUCGGUCCCUCCGGCGCCAAACUCGAUAGGAGAUAUCAAGGCUAUGUCCGCGUGGCAGGAGCUCUACAAGGAACGCCGUGCAUGGGCUCUCGAUGUGUCUCAAGAAUGCUCCCAUAUGAAUGCUGCCACCCAGGAAAGAUACAAAGAGAUAGAUGCGAUGGUCAAGUGUUUGGAUGCAGCUGUUGCGAACCUCGAAUUUUCCGUCAGACAGAUCGAACCCAAGUACGCGGAAUUGAAAAAAUGGAUGGAACCCGCACUAUCGGAGCACGAGCAGUUGGCGUCUAAUUGGGAAAGCUAUCUUGAGCUGGCACGCGCCAUUCCGAUAUCGCAUCAAAUGGUGAAGUUCAUGACGUCCAAGGACGUCAGGCCGAAUAGAGCCAGUCUAGUGGACUUGAUUGACAUGGAUACCGCAAGGAAAGCGGGCCGCUUGGCGCCAACAUCAUUACGCAAGUUCAAUAGCAAAGCAAGCGAACUUGAUAAAACUGCGUCGCAGAUGUAUCGGUUCCUUCAGGAGCUCGGUGAGGAUUUUGAUAAACUUGUCAGUCGGUCUACCUUCUUACGCGCCGGCGAGUCGGUUCAGCUGCAGCAGGAUAUCGAGGCUUUGGUGAAGAAGAUUGAUUCCGAUUACCAGGUCGUUUUAGAAUAUAGCGCCUCCCAAAGAGAUGUACUCCAGGCAUCCAAAACGGCGUCGAUUCACACGGAGCGAUUAAUACCAAGUUUGAAGAAGCGUGCAAAGGACAUGGACGAUAUGCUCCAGUAUGCCACAAACGCCCGAAACGCCAUUGCGGCAGAUUCUGCUGGAUUCAUGCGUUCGAUUACGGAGGUUACUUCCCUUCACGCGAGUGUCAAGUCCCAAAUAACUGUUCUCAACCAAGCCGAGGAGGAUAUGACGACAUUUGACUAUCUCCGUCUCAUCCACCAGCUCCCGUAUAUGUACGCUUCAUUCGUCGCCGAGGCCGUACGUCGUCGAGAGUGGUCUGAGAAAGUUAAAUCCGACUCUUCGACGCUCGCAAAUACGAUGGCCGUGUUUCAGGACGAGGAGACGAAGAGGCGUCGAAAAUGGCAGAAGACGGUCGGCAGCACCUAUGGAAGAGACAAGUUCGACGCGAGUACUCUUGGUCUCGAGGUUAAUCUCCUUGGCGAAGAGGACCCUUGGCCUUCGAUGGCCAAACAGGACAUUGAGACUAUUAUCGAAUCAUUGAGAGCUCAAAAUGCCGAGGCCGCUGUUGUCGAAGAUGUAAUCAAGCUUCUCAAUGAACUCAAUGCUCCAACCAAGCAGCAAUCUAAGCGAAUAAAGGCAUUCAAGAACGGUAGCAUCCAUGAAGCCGCGCUUGGUAUUAGCGGGCUGCUGAUGAGGGGUGAUGAUGACUUGAUCAAGUCGCUUCAGGAGGAUAAGACGAAGCUUGAGAGCAAGGUUAAGACGGCGGAAAGUCGCAUUCGAAGGCUGGAGGACUUGUUGCACAGGCAAAGUCAAGCAUCGCGCCCUAGCCUGGGCAAUAUUUUCCAGGUUCCGAGUUCGGAUUCUACUUCUUCGAUCAAGCCGUCAUUGAAGAUUCCAGAUGGAACUGAGACCUUGCUAUCAAGGAUCGCUGCUCUAGAAGCUGACUUGAAUGCUGAAAAGCAGCGAGCGGCGGCCAUUCAGAAAGAUUUGUUGGCUCAAAACACACUGAACGACAAUAUGAAAGAGCAGAUGGAGGAAGCUAACUCGACCAAGAAAGACCUCCUUGAGAAUAUGGAGGCCCUUAAGCGCGAAUUCGUUGAGGAGCGCAAGUCCUUUGAAUCGGAGAUCAAGGGGCUUCAGGCCCGCCUAGAGGAUACCGAGGUUGAAAUCGAACACUUCGGGGAAUCGAGAGAACAUGAGAAAGCAUCCUUGGACGAGAAGAUCCUUGAACUUCAAGAUGAAAUCGCCCAGUUGGAAAAGGAGAAGAAGGAAGUUGUCCUUAAAACCCAAGGACAAGUCGAAUUCCUCCGAAACGAGUCCCGAAUUCAGAGAGACCGCAAUGAAAUCCUAGAGAAGCAGGUGAGAACGCUCGAAGAGGAGGUCAAGAACGCUGCCAACGCCCACGAAGAAGCCGCCGCCGCAAGCGAGCAACGGAUUCAAGCCCUUCAAGACGUAUUCCGCCAGCUUGCGCCUCAGAAGGCUAUACCCGAAGCGGUCGAUGAUCUCGCGCAUGCUCUCUUGGCCACUGCCUCCAGUAUCAUGACUAACGCGCGGGAGACCAAGGAUCGUAUCCACUCUCUGGAAUCCGAACUAGCACAAGCUCGGAAGACUGUCGACGAACUCCGAGGUGAGGUGCGCGAAACAUCCUCGAAACUAGCUGAGGAAGCAUCGACCUCGUCAAAACUCCAGGCCGUCUUGGAAAGUGAGCGAGUUCGUUCCGAGGGUCUAGGUACUGAGCUUUCGGAGGCCAAACAACAACUCGGCCAGCUGCAGGUUCGCAUUGCCGAUGGAGAGACGGGAUCGGAAUCACUUCGCAAGACCCUCGAGGAGCGGGAAGAGAAGUUAGCCGCCCUUCAACAGGAGUUCGCGUCGAAGCAAUCUGAAGUCGGCAGGGCUGAGGAAGAGCUUCAUCUUUUCAAAGAACGGCUUCAGGAAUCCCAGGCUAAGAUUGGAGAUCUUACGCGCCGAGCAGAAGCGCGGGCAGAACGUGCGAAGAAUUUGACGCAGCGUAUCUAUACGCAAAACGACAGGCUCUGUCGCCUCCUUGAGAAGUUAGGCUUCUCCGUCACGCGCGAGGGAUCUACGAUGACCGUUCAGAAGGUACCUCGUGCAGAACGGGCUCUGCACAUGCAGAAUACAACGGAGCUCUCCGAUCCCGCGUCUCCAAGCGCUCGUCGCUCUUCAAUACUACCCGGCAAUACAUCUCCAGAUGGCUCUCAGCUUGAGUUGCUCUACUGGAUGAAUGCCGACGAUGAAGAAACAGAGUCAGAGAAAUACCUGGCUUUCAUGGAAACCCUGGGAAGUUUCGAUAUCGACUUAUUCUCGGAAACCCUAUUCCGACGCGUGAAAGAUAUGGAACACUUCGCCCGAAAAUUCCAGCGGGAGUCUCGUGCAUACAGGGACAAGGCGCAUCUAUUGCAGCGCGAAGCACACGAGAAAAUAGCCUACAAGAACUUCAAGGAAGGCGACCUUGCGCUUUUCCUACCGACUCGUAAUCAGAGUUCAGGGGCUUGGGCAUGCUUCAAUGUUGGGUUCCCGCAUUAUUUCCUUCGCGAACAUGAUUCGCACGGGCUACGAAACCGGGAGUGGCUGGUAGCUCGGAUUUCCCGGAUUCAAGAACGAGUUGUUGACUUGUCGAAGAGUGUGCAACCGCAAGGUGACGUCGACUCUUUAACAGAGGAGGGCAACGACAAUCCCUUCCAAUUAUCGGACGGCUUGCGAUGGUAUCUCUUAGACGCGCACGAGGACAAAUACGGCGCUCCUUCUACACCAGGUCUAGGUAAAUCAACUGUUGCGGCGAAUAAGGUUGAGGCAGUAGCUGAUAUGCGCGGCCGAUCGGGGACUGUUGGCAAGGAUAAACAGCGGCUGAGCCAACACAGCAUUGAAGGAGUGAGCAAAACGCUCUCGAAGAGCCUUGAGAGUCGACGAGGUAGCACGAGCUCGAGAAAGGCUCUUCCCUUCACAAUCGGUGGCGGCGGGCUUCUAAAGAGCACACCCCUUGCUAGCGAGACGAACUCUCUCCGUGCCGCAGCCUCCGAAACUGCGUCGGUGCGGAGCCCUCCUCGUUCUGGUGCGCACGUCGAGGCAAACGAUGGUGAACCGGCAGGCCGUGCUGCUCACGGAAAAGGCCACGUCGAUGGAGACGGAAAGGCGGUGGAGCAGACCGGGGCUCCAGAGCACACCACGAUUGGGUCGAGAGCGAAGCUCGACAUCGGUGGAAAGUCCGACUAA